ACAGUGUGGGGGAAGCCCAAUAAAAUGGCGUCGACGAUCACACACGUGAUACUACGCGUUUUUCGAGGCGUGGUCUAUCUUGCUCCUCUAUAAUCUUUGAUUUCCGGGCUGAGGCUCCUGCGCCGCGCGGUCUCCCUCUGUGUCUCCGGGGCAACGGACAGCGGGCGGGUCGAGCCCUCCAGCGAAAGAAUCAUCCAGCGAUUUUUCGUCAGCAACUAAGUGGGCUGAACAAGCUCGAUUUGAAUAGCCUAGGGAAAAAUCACGUUUUAAACCCGCCACCCUCUCAACGGCACCAAAAUCACGCACAAGGGCUGGGACAGAUCUGCAGCGACGCUUAAGAUCACACUUCAAAUUAAGGGGGCUGGUGGAAGCCUCUGAUUGGUCGAACGGACUAAAGGAAGCAGCCGUUACAGGACUAGAGGAAGCAGCUGAUUGGCUUGUAUCCCGGGGUUUAGGAGCCGUUGCUGUGGACGGAGAGACGGAGAUGUGAGCGGCCAUUGAGGGAGGGCAGCGUGCCGGUGAGCCCCUCAUCUGCCCGGAGCAUGGGCUGAGCUUCAGUGGAGGACAACAUGUCGGGGCACAACAAGGAGAAGCGUUAUGAGUGCAACGUGUGUGGCAAGGCCUACCAGUGCCCGAGCAAGCUGGAGACCCACCAGCGUGUUCACACGGGAGAACGCCCCUUCGACUGCUCGGAGUGCGAAAAGAGUUUCAAGACGGCGAGUGACCUGAAGGCCCACCGGCAAUUGCAUACGGGCAAGCGUCCCUAUGGCUGCUCCACCUGCGGCAAGAGCUUUACCAGGUUGUCGGGGCUGCGGGAGCACCAGCGGGUUCACAGCAGUGAGCGGCCCUUCACUUGCUCCGACUGCAAUAAAGGCUUCAAGUCGGCCACGAACCUGAAGUUGCACAGGCGCCUGCACACUGGAGAGUGGUCCUACACCUGCAGUGACUGUGGCAAGGGCUUUAACCGCUCCACCAGGCUGCAGGAGCACCAGCACACCCACACCGGUGAGCGCCCCUACACCUGUACCCAGUGCGGCCAGGGCUUCACCCGCCCCGACAACCUGCUGAUGCACCAGCGCACCCACACCGGCGAGCGCCCCUACACCUGCGCCCAGUGCGGCAAGGGCUUCAUUCAAUCCAGCGGCCUGCUGAAGCACCAGCGCACCCACACCGGCGAGCGCCCCUACACCUGCGCGCAGUGCGGCAAGGGCUUCAACCACUCCAGCAGCCUGCUGGUGCACCAGCACACACACACCGGCGAGCGCCCCUACAUCUGUGCCCAGUGCGGCAAGGGCUUCACCAGAUCCAACAGGUUGCUGCAGCACCAACUCACCCACUCUGACGAACGCCCCUACACCUGUACCUUGUGCAGCAAGGGGUUCAACCGCUCCACCAGGCUGCUGUCCCACCAGCGGGUGCACGCCGGCAUCCGAACCGUCCCCAGCCAGAUGUGUGGAGAGCGUUUUGCCAUGACCUCCCACACCCUAUCUCACCAGCACGUGCACACCAAUGGGCAGCCUUACGACUGCCCGUACUGUGGUGAGGCGUUUGACAGUUCACGGGAGUUGCAGCAGCACCGGCGGGCCCACGCUGGUGAGCAGCUGCUCCCACUGCGACAAGAGCCCAUGGGGGCUGCGGGAGCACCAACGGAUGCACACCAGAGAGAAACCCUAGGUGCGCGCUGAGUGUGACAAAGGUUUCACCCGCAUGUCCAGCCUGUGGCAGCACCGGCGUACCCACAGCGGUCAGCAUCCCUUACCCUGCCCGUCCUGUGGUAAGGGCUUCACCCGCCUUGACCACCUGCUGGAGCACCGGCUAGUCUACACCGGCCAGCGCCCCUCACCUGCCCGCUCUGUGGCAAGGCCUUUGCCCGCUCCUCCAGCCCGCUGGCACACUGCCACGUGGGUGGGCACUGUUUAGGUAGACACAGAAUGCUGGAAGGAAUGGGUAAUGUUUCUGGUCGAAACCCUCCUCAGACUCGACCCAAAAGUCACCCAGUCCUUCUCUCCCAAAAUGAUGCCUAACCCGCUGAGUUACUCCAGCAUUUUGUGACCUUUUUUGUAAACCAGCAUCUGCAGUUCCUUGUUUUUAAACCAUUCUAGUUAACUGCAAUACUCCAAAUGCUCCCUGACCAAUGUCCCUUAAAGCUGCACAUUUACAUUCCUUUCUCCUUAUCUCACACCCUUUUAUCUGAUUUCCCCUCGCCUCUGACACUUACUCCACUCAUCUGCAGAUCACCCCCUCAUCUGUUAACAUAGUGUCAGUCUGAAGAUGGGUCGUGACCUGAAAUGUCACCUAUCCAUCUUCUCCACAGAUGCUGCCUGACCCGCUGAGUUACUCCAGCACUCUGUGAAACAUCACUUAUCAAUGUUCUCCACAGAUGCUGUCUGACACAUUGUGUUACUCCAGCAUUUUGUGUUAGAGUUAUAGAGUGAUACAGUGUGGAAACAGGACCUUCGUCCCAACUUGCCCACACCAACCAACAUGUCCCGGCUACACUAAUCACACCUGCCUGCAUUUGGUCCAUAUCCCUCAAACCUUGACCUAUCUAUGUACCUGUCUAUAACUGUUUCUCAAACGUUGGGAAAGUCCCAGAGGUGCAAGUUACUCCAGGAGAUUGUGUCUCUUUUUGUAAACCAGCAUCUGCAGUUCCUUGUAUCUUGACUAGGUGUGCAUUUCACCCUACAUUUGCGCUCGGUUCGCCAAGGCCUGUUGGAUCUCCCGGUUGCCAAACAUUUUAACUCCCCUUCCCAUUCCAACACUGGUCUUUCUGUCCUGGGCCUCCUCCAGUGCCAGUGAGGUGACACGCAAACUGUAGGAACAGCACCUCAAAGCUUACGGCCCAAUUACAUGAACAUUGAAUCCUCCAAAUUAAGGAACCGUCCACCAUCGUGGACCAUCUCUUCGUCAUUCCUCUGUUUUCUUCUCACUGGCGAAAUGCAUCAGGAUUAAUCCGGAGUCACCGCUUCCUGACCCCCGGCCGUUCCCCCUCAAAUACGAAUGUUGGGAUUUCGUUCUCCGCCCUUGGACGUCCGCAAGACUCCGUCUGCAGUAAAUAAGUACUUUUGCUCGUCAACCCGCUGGAACCAAGCUGUAUUCCAAUGAAAUAAAUGUCUCUUUUUGUGGAAGAAAUUAAUUUAGAGGGUAAUUACAGGAAAAUGAAAAG